AUGGCCCUGUUCCGAGAGUGUCCGCUGCCCUCGGGUGUUCCAGGAAAGCUCUGGUUGCACUCUAUGCCUGGGCGCAACGAAGACUGGGAAUCGUUUUCGGAGAGUGCCCGAGUCGCCAAAAUUGGCGGCAUUGCUUGCAUGACCAAUCGGGAGGAGAUAGCCGACAAAUCUCCCAGCUACUCGGAAGCCUUGGCGGGAGCCACGGUUCCUUGCCAGGUGAUAGAGUUUGCCAUACCGCCAGGCGGCGUGCCCGACGAUGUGGGGGCAUUUAACCACUUUAUCGAAAGCUUGAUCAAGAUUAUCCGUGAAGGGCAAGGUGUCUUAGUGCAUUGCACUGGGGGUGUUGGCCGUACCGGCUUCGUGGCCAUUUGCUUGCUGCACUCUCUCGGACUGAACCUUGAGGAUGCCACGACACGCGUCAAGGAAGCCGGCAGCGGACCCGAGACUGAAGAACAACUGAGAUACCUCAGCGAGCACCUCAGGGAGAUCAAGCCCUGA